AUGGGUAACGCCUGCUCAUUUGUUGUACGUAAGCGCUCAGAAGAUGAAAGUAAAUACAUUAUAUCAAAAGAGAAGAGCUUGAAUUCCAACAGCGUACUGGGCGCAACGACGACGAUCCCAUCUCGUAUUGUCGGAGAGAGAGAAUUCCAUAAUGACCCCAAGAGUGUCUAUGUGCUAGCCAAAGAUGACAUUGAAAAGAAUCGCUUAAAUGAGCAACACUUUUGGGUUCAAAGAGAAUUUUGGCUUGAAGAUAUUUUUCCAAAGAAUAGUUAUCCUGAAAGCUGUCAUUUUGCCAUUGGAAAUGUACUACAAGAGAAUCCGUUUGGAAAACGCUUUGACUUUAUUCAGAUGAGAUAUUUUGCUGCAGCAUUGCGUGCAAACGAAUGGGAUGAAGCUUACACCAGCCUGUAUAAUCAGUUGAAGCCUGGUGGUUACCUCCAAGUUUUGGAUACAAAUGUUGUGAAAUGUACCACUGACCCUGAACUGCAAGAUAUUAACCACGCUUUCUCCCAAUUACUGAAAUCGAAAGGCCAAGACUCUGAUAUAGGGCCCAAAAUGGCUACAAAGAUGGAGGCUGCUGGAUUCAACGCUAUCUAUAAUAACCAGAUUGAGGUUCCAAUGGGCUGGGGAAGUAAACGAAGUGUUCGAUAUGCCGAAAACAUGCGUUCCCUAUACAUAAGCAUUGCUCCCAGUUUGGCUGAACAGCUCCAUAUCGAAGUCGACGUGUGUAAAGCUAAAAUUAAUCGUGCUUGCGACGCUAUGGGUCCUACCAAAGCCACUGUCUGUCUAUGGUCCUAUCUGGGACAAAAGCCUUUGGAUGCCCCAAAGUCCUCCUCGUCACUGUAA